UGGAGAAAGAGAAGGAAACCCACAAUUACCUCAGCAAAGAGGAAAUCAAAGAGAAAGUUCAUAAAUACAAUUUAGCAGUCACCGACAAGUUAAAGAUGACCUUGAAUUCAAAUGGGAUUUACACUGGCUUCAUCAAAGUACAGAUGGACCUCUGCAAACCUCCACAGACUUCUACCACCCCUGGAAAACUCGCUCCUGGUAGCAACGGCUGUGUGAACACACUUCAUAUCAGCAGCACAAACACUGUCGGGGAAGUGAUUGAGGCCCUGCUCAAAAAGUUUCUUGUGACUGAGAGCCCUGCCAAGUUUGCACUUUAUAAACGUUGUCACCGGGAAGACCAGGUCUAUGCCUGCAAGCUCUCAGACCGGGAACAUCCACUCUACCUGCGGUUGGUAGCAGGGCCCAGAACAGACACACUUAGUUUUGUUCUUCGUGAACAUGAAAUCGGAGAGUGGGAAGCCUUCAGCCUUCCAGAACUACAGAACUUCUUGCGCAUCUUGGACAAGGAAGAAGACGAGCAGCUGCAGAACCUGAAGAAGCGCUACACAGCCUACAGACACAAGCUGGAAGAAGCCCUCAGCAAGGCGUGGAAGCCUGAUUAAAGUGCAGGGCUCCCUGCCAGGAAGGUGCAGUGCGGGACCCAUGGCCGAAACAGCGGCGAGUGCCUCUUCUCGGAGGCCACUUUCUUGCCCCAUGAUGAUAGGGUCAUCCCCCUUUUAUCUCUAAAUUUAGUUCCCAAAACCUGGUCAUGCAGCAUCUUGCACCUUACACAUCCCGCCUAAGGGCCUUUGCAAGCUUGCUCUGUUACAGCACUGCCUGUUACCUCUCGGCAAGCUGUGAACCUGUAGUCUCAUCAGGAGCAUUCUAGAAUGCUUGGAAGCAUAAACUCUGGGGGGUUGUUUUUUUUUCUUAUUUUCUUUUAGCUAUUUUAAUUAUGUGAUGAUGAUGUUAAGCUUAAGGGUGCGCAAGUGAUAUUUUAAAAGCUUAACAAGGAAUCUCUGAAUACUUGUCCUAUGUUGAAACUACCUGUUUUUUGUGUUUGGGUUUUUUUUGUCAGAAGAUUCUGUCCAUGUGAAUCGAAAGGCACAGAAAUCUAGGAACUGUGAGGAAUUUGUGAAGGAUUUUGUAGGGGUUUGACAAAGAAAGUGAAGAGCACGUUGGAAGAAGGCACGUGCAGAGGUGGCGAGCUCCUGAGGCUGGGGAAGGUAGAGGAGAAGGGCGUGUUUGCUUGUGAAUGGGUUUAAAGCUUGCAGUGUUGAGAUGUUAAACCCAUUUUAGGAUUGCUUGACUUCCUGGUGGGUAAAAUGUGGGAACAGAGCCAAAGAGGUGGAGCCGAACCAAAAGGAGGGGACCCAUGAAGUCCGCCCCUGACCGGAGAAUCAAGCAGGGGGAUCUUACAAACCGAGACGGAGGUGGGCCUCACGCAGCUGCAUCUGACCUCCUGCUUUCCUCUUGCAGUGGAAGCUACCGCGUGGUGCAGCUUCUCAGUACAGGCAGGGGAAUGGCCAUUUGCUGACUCCUGUUUAGUGAUAUAUGUAGUUUCCCCCCCAGAGGUUGUUUUCAAAGUUGAAAAGGAUUUUGGGCGGGGGCAGCUGCUUUUCCUUUGACUGUCAGCUAAGGAGGUUUAUCAGGUAAAGGGCCCACAGCACACUUUUGUGACAGUCACUCCCUGUCCUCUUAUGCCUCCCUUUCUUUCCCUUGUCUUCCCUUGCCCUCCCUACUCCCUUCCUUCCCUCUCCUCACCUCUUUUCUUUCUCCUUUUCUUUUAUAAGGUGAAGUCUGUUCUUACGCAGUGUAGAACACGGAUAGUGAUUAAAGACCCCAUGCUACCAGAUCCUCAUUUCCAAAGGCUGACUAGGCUGUGAGUACAAGGCCCCAAGAAAGAAAGUCCACACAUCCAGCUGACCACACAACAGGGUUUCAUUAUGAAAAUAUUAUCACAAAAGUGCAUGUUUAACCAAAGAAAUGAGUGUGCAAUAAGAAGCCUUCCAUGAAACUGGCGAACUAACAUCAUUUUUUGCAGC